AUGUCGAAAGUUUUUGAGAGUACGCUGUUAAAAAAAAAUUCAAGAAAUAAAAAUUUUGAUGAAAGAGAAAAUAUGCUCAUUGAACUUAUUAAUCCCUACAAACAUAUCAUUGAAAACAUAAAGACUGAUGCUUCUAGCAUUAAACAUAAAAGCAAAAUAUGGGAACAUAUUGUUAUCAAAUACAAUGAUCAGCAAACAACUGGUAUUAGAACUGCUAAACAGCUAAAAACCUUAUAUGACAUGGCCAAAAGGCAAGCAAAAAAAUCAGUUGGUGAUGAUAAAGUGUUAAUGUAUAAAAUCAUUAAACUAUUUACGGAUGAGGAACAAUCUUUGGUUCUGGACUUGGUCCAAUCUCAACGUUCAUCUAUUCUUAGUGGCCAUCUAUUUGAAAAGGAUAAAGCAUGGUCAAAUGUUCUUGAAACAUUUAAUUUGCAUCAAACAUCAGGUGUAAAAACAGUAGAUGAAAUCAAAUAUUUAUUUGAAUAUUUAAGUAAAACCGCUAAAAGUGAAAAUAAAAAUAAUAAAGUUGAAAGAUUUAAAACUGGGGGAGGACAAUAUAAAAAAAGUGUGAACCAAUUAAGCGAGCAAGUAAAUGUAGUAAUUGAAAAUCGAAUUACACCGUUAGUAAAUGAAUUUGAUGAUGAUUAUGGCUAUGCUGAUCCAAUAAACGCUGAUAGAUGUGUUCAAAAUGUACAAGAUGAUGUGGAAAUUAUUGAAUUUGAAGAUUGAGUAGAAGAAAUUGAUAUCACAGUAGAUGAUUUAACUCAUAAUUCCCAUAAAAAAGUGGAUUGGGGUAUAUUUAAUAUAGAACGUGAAACAUCUACAUUCAAUAACAGUUACCAGUCACCAGAAAUAAAUUUGUCUAGUAAUUUAAAAACAAAAAAAGAUUCUGCGGUUAAACGAAGUUCAUCACAAAAAUCUAUCUGUGAUGGUCUACAAGAGUUGGCAAAAAAAAAAAUUAACAAAGCAUGUACACAACAAAAAUUUUCAUCAGAUAUCCAAGACAUAAAAAUUAAAAAAGCAAUGAUAGAAUUAGAAACGGCAGAAACUACACUGCAAAUAGUUAAGACUGAACUCGACAAAAAAUUAGAAUUGGAUUCAAAAACAAAACAAAUUAAAUUGCAAGAAGAUAUUUUAAAUUUACAAAAACAAAAGCUAUUGGAAAAUUAG